AUGGAAAUGGCUUGCAGUAACGUUGGAAAUUCAAAUCCCGACAUUGCCGGGCUUGGGAUAAUCCUCUCGUUUGUGAUUCAGGCGGGGAUAUCGUUUUUGCUAUCUUUCUGGUCCGCUAUACUAGACGUUGAGCUGGGAAAGCCAGUGCUUCGGACCAUCUUGCCCCAAUGGGCGCAGAAUCUUCCUGUAUUGAGGCCUUACAGGUCUCGCCAAAAGCUAGAUGAUUCUGAUAUAGAGGCUUGCUCUACUGCCGACAACUGCAGCGAUUUCGGAUUACUACCACUCAAAUUAAGAGAGUGGCAUAUUGAUCAGAUGCUGGCGAUUAUCAGUGAUAUUCAGAUAUUGAAUGGAAUUUCACUCCUUAUUGGAGCUAUGGCUCAACAUAAAACUUUAGACCUAUAUCACUACCACAUAAUUUAUGAUGUGGUGAACUUUACCGGAAUAUCAGUAUGUGCUUCUUUAGUCAAUGUGUUCGGCAACAGGCGACCUUCCAUUGUAGAUCGUUGUGUCUUGAUGGGCUUGUUCGUCAUUUUAUACCUGGCGUUCGUGAUUGUGUUUGGGAUGAACUUGAAACAAUGGGACGAAAACACCCCUGGACGCUGUUACUACACAGAUGCAAUCGCAACACCAAGCUCGUCACACCCAUAUGUCGAUAAAAUCUACGUUGCAAUAACGUGUCUCUACUUCUUGGGUAGUAUACUCAUGUGCUCUCUGGUGGCUAUAUUUACAUUGCAUCCCAAAAUUGGCCAAGUGGAUCACGUCUUCUUCGAGUUUUUCGGCGUCACCCAAGAUUAUGAGAAAGUUGCUUUGUAUGGAUCGUCAAAGUUAACAAUCACCAUGAAAGUCAUCAAUUCGCUAAAAGGGUGGAUACCUUCAAAGCUUGGAGAGAAUUACAAAGCUGUCCUUAUAUUUUUCCAAAAGUUUGACGCAUUGUCGGUUUUGAAGACUGGUUAUAAAACGAGCGUUCUCAUCAUAGCGAUGAUGCAAUACCCAGUUCACGUUUAUACGGUCUUUGCAUUGCGAACUGCAAACGAAGAUCGUCUUGAUGGUGAUUCCGAAAAUUAUUGGGGAUUCGGCCAGGUUGUUGCCUUGGCUUUAUUGGCAUCGUCUGUCCUCCAGUGCAUUCGCACAGUGAUCGACUACCGCAAAAGGCUCGGUGACAUUAAGAAGAAAGCUGGUAUCACAUUUAAUGAAAUAGAAACUCGCCACAGCGAAUAUGGAUCAAGCCAGGGAUCCACUCAUUCUUUACUGUCUUACGGAAUGUGUCAAAGAAACAGCGUUUGA